AUGGAAAGUGAUUCAACCUCCACUCCUAGCACAACUGUGGAAGCGCUUAGAAAAGCAUUGCAAGAUCUCGGCCUUGACACUCGUGGACACAAACCCGAACUCAAGAAACGAUUGCGCAAAGCGAAAAAGAAGCUUGCAGCGCAGAAUGAGAAACAGCAACAAGAAGAGGAACGAAACAAAACGCGACCUUCGCCAUUGCCUUCUUCUUCUGCUGGCGCCACCUGUAUUGAUGGACAAAAACAACAAGAGCAAAAGUCGCAACAAAAGGAAGAUUCAGAAUUAACUCAAGAUCGCGACGAUCAGCCGCUUAAAAAGCAACCUUUCGACUAUUACUUGUUCUUUGACGUAGAAGCAACUUGUGAAGAAGGCGGUAGCUUUGAAUACCCGAAUGAAAUUAUCGAGUUUCCUAUUGUUCUUGUCGAUGGUCGCACGUUUGAAAUAGUGGAUGAGUUUCGUUCCUAUGUCAAACCCGGAACCAAUCCAAUUUUAUCAGACUACUGCAUAAAACUGACAGGCAUUGACCAGGUACGAUAA